AUGACAUCGCCCGGAAACCGGCCAUUGAACAUUGGGAAUGGGACAAGGCAGAAAAACCUGCCACUGUCUCGGCGUUUCACAAGGAGAAUCCGAUCAGUAAUACGACAGACAGACCAACCAACACAAACAAGAAGAACAACAAAAGCAGCUUGGCCCCGACAUGUCCAAGAAAAAUCCCAACAGCCCUUCCCCGGAUCCCCAAGACCGUCAGCAAGAUCGCGAAGAAUUCCCACGAGGAUUGAGCGCCACCUUCCUUGUCACCAGCUUCCUUGUCACCCAAGACCAAAGAUAUCUCUCCGACUCCGCCAAAACCGGCUCUUACUAUAG